AUGAAGGUCUCCUCUAAUCACCUCGCCGCUGGGAUUGCAUUCUUGCUCUCUCCAGCUCACGCACAAUGUCCGGAUUAUUCACAAUAUUCAAUGACACAGCAUGCACCGCUCAGCAGCGGAAAAUACGCUCUAUCAUGGAUGCGACCAGAGCCCGCAUGUCGAACCUUCAACUCCUCGAUCGUCGAGCAAACCAUCAACGAUAUGAAAUCCGUCAUCGCAGAUCCAGAUCUCUACCGCAUAUUCCAAAAUUCCUAUCCCAAUUCCCUAGAUACAGCCGUCAAAUGGAGAGGCUAUGCGGCCAAUAAUUCAGAAGAGGAAUUAACCUUUUUGAUCACGGGUGAUAUCGAUGCCAUGUGGCUUCGAGAUUCGGCAAAUCAGAUGCAGAGUUACUUGCCAUUGUUGACGAAGAAUUCCUCUCAUGAUUCUCUGGCGAGUCUCUAUCGAGGUGUGAUCAAUCUCCAAGCACGCUACAUUAUCGAAGCACCAUACUGUAAUUCCUUCCAAGCACCAACCGAGAGUGGAAUUGCGCCUCAACAAAACCAGCCCAAGCCAGAUAACUUUUCGCCUCCAAAAUCCACAGAUGUCGUCUUCGAAUGUAAAUACGAAUUGGACUCCUUGGCGGCAUUUUUAGAAAUCUCUUCUGAUUACUAUGAUGCCACGGGUGAUGUAUCGUUUUUCCAGAAAUUCAACUGGGUUAGUGCGAUUGAGACGAUCCUUUCUACCACCGAAGCCAUGUUGAUCGGAACGUAUUCUGCAAAUGGCAGUGUGAACGCAAGUCCAUACACAUGGCAACGAGAAACCGUCAGCGCAACGGAAACACUCGCCAAUACUGGAGCUGGAAAUCCCGUCCAAGAAGGUACUGGAUUAGUGCGUUCAGCAUUUCGACCUAGUGACGAUGCAACCAUCUAUCAACUUUUCAUUCCCGCAAACAUGAUGUUUUCCCGCUAUUUAGAAUCAUGCAGUAAAAUCAUGGCGAACAUCUACGGACAACAAGAUCUCGCAACGCACAUGCACGAUUUUGCGAGUAGUAUUCGAGCUGCCAUUACUAAAUAUGGUAUUGUACAUGAUCCCAUUUACGGACAAGUAUACGCGUACGAAGUCGAUGGAUUUGGUUCCUCAAAUCGAAUGGAUGAUGCCAAUAUCCCCUCUCUUUUAUCAGCGCCUUUCUUGGGUUAUCUAAAUGUAAACGAUACCAUAUAUCAAAAUACACGUAAAUUUAUCCUCUCAAAAAACAACCCCUAUUUCAUGCGCGGUCCCGUUAUUAACGCUAUCGGCGGCCCCCACGUCGGCCCCGGCCACGCCUGGCCCAUGGCAAGUAUAAUCCGCAUCCUGACAACCUCAGACCCGGACGAAAUCUACAGCACUCUCAAAGAAAUAGUCACUAGUACGGAUGGAUUGGGUUUAAUACAUGAAUCGAUUAAUUCGUUUGAUCAGCAUGAGUGGAGUCGUCAGUGGUUUAGUUGGGCGAAUGGAUUGUUUGGACAGAUGAUUUUGGAUUUGCAGAGGAGGGGGGGAGAGGUGGGUGAGGUUUUGGGGAGGAGUUUUCAGUAG